AUGCCUUCAUAUGCUAAAUUCCUUAAAGAGAUUCCAUCCAACAAGAAAAAGCUUGGGGAUGAUGAAACUGUUAUGCUUAUUUCCGAGUAUAGCGCUAUUAUUCAAAAUAACGUGCCUCCUAAAUUGAAAGACCCUGGUAGCUUUUCCAUACCUUGUGUAAUCGGAAAGUUUAUCAUAGAUAAAGCUCUAUGCGAUUUAGGAGCCAGUGUUAGUCUAAUGCCCUUAUCCACAUGCGAAAAACUCAAUCUAGGAGAAUUAACACCAACAAAGAUGUCUCUACAACUAGUUGACCGUUCUGUUAAAUAUCCAAUGGGUAUGCUAGAGAACGUUCCCGUUCGUAUAUGA